CCCAUAAAAUCCCCUCUCUUUUCCAUGCUUAACCUUUCCUUAAUCCUUACAACACUCGAUAAACCCAGAAUUCCUCUUCUGUUUUCCCGCUUCCCCAAUCCGGAAUCCCUCCAAAGCCCCGAUCUUUCAUCUCACUUUUCUUUCCACUGUUGGAAAAAGCGAAAUAUGUCCACCAAAAUCGUAGCUGAGUAUGCCAAAUCCGGAAGGUCCUCUUGCAAGAAAUGUGGCAACGCCAUAACUGCUCAGGCCCUGAGGUUGGGCCUUGUUUCCAGAGAUGCUAGAGGCUUUGACAUGACCAAAUGGCAUCACUUGGAUUGCUUCGCUGGAAAGAUUGAUUCCGUUGAUGGAAUAAAAGGCUUUGACACUCUCAAGGGUGUUGACCAGGAAGCUUUAAAGAAUUUGGCUGAUGGUUCUAUUAAGUCGACCAAGCAGAUGAGACAAAAUUGAUAAAGUAUUACUCGAAUU